AUGAGCAAGAACAAUGACACUUGCUAUGAGGGCCACAUGUUUCCGUUGCUCGUUAAAGAGAUGCUCGAUUUCUGGCCAGAGAAAGACAUUCGUCAACGGAUAUGGGUAAGCGUAAGAGAGGCUCGACAAGUUUGUCAGUAUUGGUGGAUGAAGGAAGCGUUAGAGCUAUUUGUCGAUCGUCUUAUGACACGAUCUAACUUGUAG